GAGCCUGAAAGUGGAAUAUCAUUGUAACUAUUUCACAGUCUGCCCAGAAAUAAAAGAAAGAUCUACAAAUCCUAUCCCCUUUCACCUGCUCCCUACUAUUUGCCCGCAAAACCAAAAGAACCAUCUCCUUCCCCCAGCUUCAUCCGAAUAGACCCCUCAACCACUAUAAUGACCCAAUUAGUCUGGCUCAUCACAGGCUGCUCCUCAGGCCUCGGCCUAGAACUCUCCCGCGAAGUCCUGAAAAGAGGCCACCUCGUAAUCGCCUCCUCGCGGUCCCCAGAAAAGACACCCCAUCUCGUCGACGAGAUCCAGCAAGCAGGUGGCCACUGGAUCGCCCUCGACGUCACAAAGGACAAUGUCCAACAACAGGUAGACAGCGCAGCACAAAUCCAUGGACGUAUCGACGUCCUCGUGAACAAUGCCGGCUACGGCAUCGCCGGCGGCUUCGAGGACCUCAGACUUAGCGACUUCCAAACCCUCUUCAACACAAACCUCUACGGCACAAUCCGCACAACCCAAGCCGCCCUCCCACACAUGCGCGCCGCCCACACCGGCACAAUCAUAAACAUCUCCUCCACAGGCGGCCUCCGCGGCCUCCGCGGCCUCGCCGCCGUCUCCGCCUACGCGUCCUCCAAAUUCGCCCUCGAAGGCCUCUCCGAAUCCCUGGCAGCCGAGUACGCCGCCGACUUCGAUAUCCGCGUCGUGCUCGUCGAACCGGGGCCCUUCCGCACCUUAUUCCGCGACCAGCCCACCUUCUCACCAGCCGCGGGGCGUAUGAGCGAGUUCUACAAGGGCACGGCGGCCGAGGGGGUGCUGAAGCACCUCGAGUCCGGGGGCGGGACGCAGGCUGAGGAUCCCGAGAGGGCUGCGCGGCAAAUGUUUGAUUUUGUGACGGGACAGGGGCUGGCGGAGGGGUUUCUGAGGCUCCCGCUGGGUAAGGCUGCUGUUAAGACGGCGAGGGACAAGGUGGCGGAUCUGGAGCGGAAUAUUGAUGCCGUGGCUCAUAUUGCCAAUGCUUGCGACUUUGAUGAGUUGAGAGAAAGCCAGGUAAACGUUUGGAACGAGGUUCGAAUCUCACUACAGAGGAUCCGCAAGAUCGUUACAAAGUGACAAUGGGCUGAGAGGAGCUGUUUCUUUGGAGUGGGACUUCAUAGUCGUAAGACGAAGACUCUCGUCAACUUUGACUCGCCGCUAAGACUAUGCGAGGCAGCAGAACUAAGAUACAGAGUCAGAAAGACGGCAUAGAACUAUAUUGGUAUCAACUUACUAGUCUCCAGCUUCUCGAGAUAUCUGAAGCCAAACCCAUAAUGCGCAUCCCAUCUUACCUGUAAUCCAUCUCUCAUCACGCCUCCAACAUUAAACAUCACUUCAAGGUCAUGCAGCAUGAUUGACAAAAAAGAACAUCAUGUACGUUUGGCCCCCAGAGUAUACUACACUGAACCUUGUAUCAGACUCCUUUAAAAUGCUCCCCUGUGCCGAGAGUACAUGUCCAGUAGAUUGAAUAUC